AUGGCGACUCAAAGCCAAGCUGAUACUUAUUCAGAGCCACGUGUUAAGUUGGCAAUUGUAAUUGGUAUAAGUAAUUAUGAUCAUGAAAAGCAAUUAGAGAAUGCUGAAAAUGAUGCUACUGAUAUGUCGACUAUACUGAAAAAGAUUGGUUUUGUUGUUUCUAAACCGAAACCAGAAGACCUAACAUGCAAGAGAAUGGAACAUGUUCUAAAUGACUUUAAAUAUUCAAUAAAACCAGGAGAUAUAGUCGUAUUGUAUUUUGCUGGUCACGGACUACAAUGGGAAGUAUGUAUCCAAGUUUUACAAAGUUUAAUUUAA